AUGGAAGAAAAGGAAGAUGCAAAAACAAAGGAGGAAGAUGCACCAACAAAGGAGGUUGUAAGGGAUGAAAACAAUUAUGGGAAUCUACACUCCAAUGAAGUAGAGACUGGCAUGGAUAGUGAGUUUAUUGAACCACCAAUUCAAGAAGUUCUUGAUGAAGGGUACACUCUAACCGUCACACAACACCAAAAUUUUGAAAUCAAAGAAGUGAAGGCAACCAAGGAAGGCACUGAAAAGGAGACUGUGACCAAGAAACAGAAGAAAAUAUCUAUGAAGAAGAGAAGCCAAGCGGAACAAGAGUCACAGGAUCAUUUUAAGGAAGCAAUGGAUCGACUUCAAGCAACCAUCCAUCAAAUGGAGCGAGAAGAAAGCCGAAAAGCAGACGAAGCUCUCAUGGCUAACAAAUCUCAAAUUAAGAACAAGGGACUGAAAUGUGUUGUGCAACAAGUAGAAAAGAUGGAGAGUGUUGAACCGCCACAUCCUUAUCAUGAUGAACCACCCUCAUAUCAUGAACCUUUUCUCCCAAGUAAUGAACCCUCAUAUCCACCCCAAUCUCCAAUGGAUGACACUCUUGAUGUUCUUCUUCAAGAGAAAAGAGAGAUGCAAAGUACGACACUAGAGUUUAUAGCUACGUUGACCGAGGUAGUAGGUAAUUUAGCUUCAAUGCGCUUUGAUACUCAAAGUACCCCCAUGGACGCAUGUGGAGAAUCCAACGAGGAGCAUAGCAUGAAGGAAAAAUUAGAAACUCCGGUGGAAAAUGCGGAAUGUGGCUUUGUAUUGGAACAAUUGGAGGAAGUCGUACUUGUUGAAGAUGAAGAAGUGGUUGAAGACUUAGGAGAUGCUGAACCUCCAUGGAAAUCUAGAGUUGUAGCAUAUUCCUCCAAAAGGAUUAAAUUUGAUGUUGAGGAGGUUAGUGCACAACCUCCACGGCAUGUUCCCUAUGAAGAAUUGGAUGGAAUAGAUCAAGAAGCAAGUUCUCUUGGUGACGAUGAUCAUGAAUCAAGCCGUCCUAGUGAUGAAUUUGCAUCUACAAGUGAACUCCUCGAGUUUAAAGAACCCUCUCCGAUUGAGUUGGAGAAUGAUGUGGAGAACCCCCACCCACACGAUACAGAAUUGAAAGAAACUAGAGAAGAAGAAGAGAAGGAGAGGGAGAAGGGCUUGGCAUUGCCGGCUGGGUACCGCCACCAUUCAGCUCAACGCCGCCGUUGCAUCUUGCUUGCGCCGUCAUUCAGGCCCAUUGCCGUCCAGCCGUCGCACCACCACAUCACCGUCAUCGCCGAGUUGGAAGAGAGGAAGCAUUGCAGCCGCUGA